CAUAUCGUGUUCUCUGUACAGUUGAUUUUCCGCAUUGCAUUGAAAUGCAUGCGUUGCUUGUCAAGGUAAGAACCGAAGUUAAUGCAUUUCUUUUUCAUGUGAAAUCUAAGCAUACUGUGUCUUCUUAUUGUGUGCAAGUAUCACAUCAGGUCCCCUGAGGCUAAACUUCAAAAUACUUCGAGACUUACAUGUACUUGUGUCGCAUACUUGAGUGCCUGUUCAGUGUUGUGCCUCGUUCUUUAAAGCGCUCUGAAAAGUAGUGGGGUAUGAAGCAACGAUCUAGUAGUCAAAGAAGGGGAAUUUUGUGACUCCUUGAUUCGAUUUGGUGUCUCGUGCAAGAGUUGACAAACGUCGGUAAGAGAUGGGGUGGCCGGGAGGCGAGGGCAUGAUCUAAGGCGCACGAGUAUAUGAGGGACCUUCUAUUCUCUAACGCUUCGCUCAGCCGAAUAGAAAAUAUUUCUGUUAUAAUUAUAAAGAGGCAAAACAACAGACUGAGAAAUGGAGGGAGCCGCCAGCAAUCGAGUUAAUUACACCAGUGAUAGUUACAGCAAAAACAAGGAAUAUAUGCAUGCUUAAAAUACAGAUACAGAGGACUAAGAAAGGCUAGAUCAAGGAAACAUCAUAAGUGCUAACAAAAUAUGCUGAACAAAAAAUUAACAAGCUAAAACAGAGUCAGAUCAUUUUAACAAAGCGAUGCGAAAAUACAAGAACAAAUUAAACGUAGGUAAAACCUAAAAAACUCUUACAUAAGAAAACAAAAAACGCAGCCACCAGUAAACUGGUUGGCGUCAACUGGUGUGAAAUUCACAAGGAGUGGUUUAUAAAGGAUCUAAUGGUCCCAAUGGGAACUGAACUAAACGAUGUAAUCAACAACUAAAAGAAAUACAUUGUGUGGGAGCAAGGAACAGCCCAACCACAUUUGAUAUAUUAAAAUUCUAAUGUGACUCUAUCUAAGGCUUUCUGGCUCGUUUUCUGUAUUUGGUUUGGUUUUCUUUGUGCUCAAGUCUCCUCUGGGAAUUGUGAUACAAUAAAGUGGUGAAAAAUUUGCAAUUUUGACCCCAAAGCCUUGAAGUCUCUAGCCUGUACCACAGACAAAAAGUCUGUCUGCGAAACAGCGCUGAAAUCAUUGUCCUAGGCCUCCACCUCUGUACCAGGAUUCGAGUAUGAGCUAUGACUGGCCUGUUAUAAAUGCUAUCAUUGAUUUGCCAAUCAAGAUGAAAGGAAAUUCAAACUGCUCUUCCGGUAAUUUGUUGAGUCCGUUGGGGGCCAGAACGAGGAUGUCGGCGUUGCUUCGCAGACAUUACUAACUGAGAUUAAAUUAGGUCUGCGACACAGGCUGCUUUAAGUCAUGUUAGAAUUUUGGUAUAUCGAACAUGGACUAUUUGCAAAUCUGAGGUCAAAUCUGUCACAUAACAUCCAAUCAAAAUUUUUAAGUUCCUUUAGGGAAAAUCACACACGUAAUUUAAUGUAUGACUCAUUGAUUUAGACUUGAUGAAACAUGAGCUGCACGUUUAUCAACUUAAUUCUUAUGUUUAGAUUAUUUGAUCUAAAAAAUGUACUUAAGGUAAAAUUCCAUAUGUGUAAAGCCCAAAGCCUGCCAAAACACUAGGGUUUCCCUGUAGAACUUUCUGUAAAAUUCAGUCUGACUCCUGAUCUGCAAUCAAAAACUUUGUUAAAAAUUAAAUUCACAGGCAUAUUUUUGGAUGGUUAAUGCUCCUACUGAAGUUAGAUUUUGCACUUGCAGCUAGUAUUUAACUAUUUUUCUUGUGGUCAUGCAACUGUGUUACUUAUUAUUAUUUAUAGUUGCUUUGGAGUUGUUUUUUUUUUUCUUAAUUUUUUAAAAUUUAAUUUAAUUUGCCAGUUUGUGUGAAGCCAUUUCAACUUGCUGUCAUGCAAGCAACAAAGCGAAGGAGAGAUGAAGCUGAAGACUCAGAUGAAGAAGGUAAUUUCUAUGGUUAGAAAAUAAGCCCUCCCAGCCUAUACAUGAAGCUAAAAGUGAAAAUUUAAUCAUUCACUGUACGAAUACGUAAGAUUAUUGCAACCUUGGUCAUAAUUUCUGGGAUGUUGGACACUAGUGAAAACAUUCAUCUGGCUGAAUAAAUCCAUCCCUCCUCACAAAGUUUGGAAGAGCCCACUCAUUUUUAAGCAAGUGAGUGUUUAGUCCUUUAAAAAAAAAUUUUACAUGCAGCGCUGUAGCUAGUAUGAGGCCAACCGAGGCACUCGCCUCGGUAAAAUUUUGACGAAUUUCGCCGAUCAUUUUUAUUUUACAUAAGCGAUCAUCAGAUAUUUUUAACGCAUCAUGAUAUUACAAAGAAUUCAGCAAUUCAGUCAAUAUACUAUGAAAAAAUUACCAUAUCAUCGAUCUCAAGGGGCUACGUACGUUAACUCAAAUUUUUUUUGAACAAAUACUGAUCAAAACCAUUGGCGAGGUUAACGGUCACCCAGAUUAUGUAGCUUGUUUCUGAUUAUUGCUUUUUAAAUUCCACUUAAAUUAACUCGAAAAAAAAGUUACCGAAAGGCCCAGAAAACGCUGCAAAUCGCAUUUCCGAGAGACUAAAGUUCAAAAUUUCUCGGGGGGGGGGGGCAUGCCCCCGAACCCCCCUAGCAACUCCCGCCUGCCUCAAUUGGCCGUUUGGUCUGGCUAUGGCACUGACAUGUGGACCAACCUUAAGAGAACCUUUUGUUAGGGGCUAUUUACAUGAAGGCAGAAAGAUUUUAGAACCAGACAGAUCUUAGAAGGGUGAACAACUUGUCAUUUGGUUAAUACAUGCAAGGUUGUGGUCAAAUUAACUGUUAACUGCCUUUCAACAGAGACUCUCUUUGGCUAAAUCUGGCUGGAUUUCUUUUUCUUAAUUUACUGCAAGGCUGGAAAACGUAAAGCCCAUCUUCCUCCAAGAAGCUGGGACUAUUGUAAUUUCUGUGCAAGAUUAAGCAUGCAUUUGUCGUAGCAAAAUUACCUUAUAACCAUAAUAAAGAUGAAAUGUUAUGAAUUUAUGUGAGUUUCUGACAUUUUAUUUGAAUGUUUACGUUAUAGUAAUAACGACAGAUUCGUGUUUGUAUUUCCCACAAACGAUUAAAAAUAUUCAUUACUAUUAGAACUCAAUUUACACAUAAAGCAAUUAUGAAUGGACAGAAAUAGCAAAGAAAUUAAUCUGGUUAAACUCAAUUCAAGAAUUUCUGUAGACGUUUAACUCUGCUUGAGGCUGCCAAACCAACCUUACGUGCCACAGUGCACGUGUAAUUUAGUAGUCACUACCUUGAAGAAUGAUUUUGUUCUGCAAGUGCAUUGUUGUUUAUGUAUUGUUAUUCGCUCCGUUGUCACUUGUUGCGAUGUUCCGUUACAUGCAUUUUCCACACAUAACGCACAGCAAACAUAUUGGCAAUAGAAAACAAACGUGUUGAAAACACAAGGUACACUGAGUGAUACAAACUAUUAAAUAAUUUAAAUUUUCUCUUUGGAAAAUAAUAAUUAUUUUCCAAAGAGAAAAUUUAAAUUCAUAGCACAUGAGGUUAAAAGUUUAUGCUUCGCACCAUAGGUACCUGUCAUUGCCCUUUUCUUCCUACAGACUCUUGAUUGCCAGUAAGCUCAUGUCCUCCCGGAGGACUAUUUUUUCUCUCUUGCAAUGAUGUAACUUCUCUCAAUGUUCAUUUAGUUAUGCAGACUCAAUCAUCAUCAAGAAAGUGAAAAAAUUUUAACAAGGAAAUCCAGUUUUGUAUAGAAUAAAAUAAUUGCCUCCUCCCUUCUUAUCUAUCUCAGACCAAGCAAGCGAGACUUUGAUGCUUUUAGAGCGUUCUUGGUUCGUUAGAGUUGUUAACAUCAUGUGAAUCGGGCUUUUUUUUCUAAGUCCAUGGUUUACGCAAGCAUGGAUGAAUCAUAGCUAAGUUUACUUCCAUGUAUACAUACUGCUAAGACAGAACAGUUGGCUUUGGUCUGUCUCAAAAUGGUUUAGGAUUUUUCCCUUUGUCCGUAAGUUCAAGAACAUUUAAACUUCUAAAGUUCUUGAAUCUCCCAAAAAAAGUAGGUGGAGGGGUUGGAGGGAGAGAGAGAAAAGAAAAAGAAUAUGCGGCAUGUGUGAACACGUGGUAUUUGUGUACUUUUCAUGUACAAAUUAUUGGAUCUCACUAUGCCUUAAAAGUGCCAAAAUUGCAAGAAACUAAUGAAAGCCAAUUUAAGAAAUUCCUUUGCUGAUUUUAUUCAUUUAAAUAUUUCAGAGGAAAGCUAUUAGGGAGUUCAAGCGAAGACUUUGUUUGAGUACCGCCUUUCAACUUUGACGUGAGGCGGUUAAUUUUUCUUUUAACAUGCCUAAUGAAGCUACCAAAUUAAAGUGUAUUGCUAAGUGUCUUUUCUACUAUUGAGACGGUUUGCCGCAAAGUAUUUUGGGCAUAACAACUGCCCAAGAUGCAAUAUGUUCACUUCCGUUCCCCAUCGUGUUGGAUGGGAAACAUUACUUAAGCAGAACAUGAGGUACUAACAAGACUGCACUGCCCUCUGCAAAAUUAAUCAACAAGUUAAAUAAGUGAGAACUAUGGAUUAAGCAAAUACUAUUAUUAAAAUCUUACUAAUUCUCUUAUCAUAAAAAACUAGUUGAUGUCAAUUUCAGAGGAUUAUUUUAAAUUAAUCACUGCAAUAGGAUCCAGAAACUUAUUAAUAUCCAUGACCACUACACCCCUACCAAACAAAGGAAAAUGUGAUUAUAAGUACUCAUUUUUUUCCCUUGUUUUCUUUUUUUUUCAGCUUGGAAUGUUUUUCCAUCUUUACAAAACUUACGAUGUGAUGCAGAACAGGUUAGCAAGAAAACCAACCUACCAUCUGAUCUGACAACGAUUGCUGCCAACAAAGGAUUUGUUGUUUCUGAUAACCAAGCAUCCGGGAACUGUUUAUUCUAUGCAUUAUCAGAACAAUUACGAAGUGUCAAAGGAAUUCGAAUCUCACACAAAGAGCUAAGAAAAACGUUGGUUCAGUUCCUCGAUGAGAACCCUAAUCUGGUAGGUUGAUGACUAGCCUAACUAACGGGCCUUCCGUGUCUUCCCAUAUGAUAAUCAUUUAAUAAUAAUAAUAUUAAAUUAUUCAAUAAUAAUCAUAAUCAAUUAUAAUCAUUUCCCUUAACUCAGUUUGACGAUUCUUUGCUAAACUAUAUUGGAUAAAAACAAGGAUUGAACAUAACAAAAAUGAACUGUAGUAUUAUGGGAUCAAGACUAGGCUCUCUUGAUCUUCUUUGAAAGCACUCACCUCUUCAUAUUUAGUCUGAAAUACUUAAGCUUUGGAAGCGAAACUUGGAGGGUAAUAACAACCAAAAACAACCAUUUUAGGUCACUUGUCUUGGUGUCAUCACACAAAUUAUACAUCAUGACUUGAAAUAGUUGCCCUCUGUCACCAUCUAAGGUUACAGGUGACCUUAACAGUUAGCAGUAUCAUUUCCGUCCUAAAACCACUUCCAGAAUUUGGAGAGAAUCAAAAUAAUUCAUUAACAGGGCUGCCUCAAGGUGGGCCCAGUUUAUAAAAUACCUUUCAUUUUCUCCCCAGGGGGUAUUUCUGGGAAGUUGUAGUGGGGGUGUGCUGUUCAACUCUCCAAAUCUUGGCACUAUUUCAGAGCAAUAGUUGUAAGGGAAUACCCCCCAGGGAUUUUCUACGUCGAAAAAUGUAGACUAUAAAUUAUUAACUUAGUAAUAGCAAAGUACAUUAAGUGAAGGCAGCCACAUCCUCGGAGACCCAGGGGCAGCUAGUCAGGACAAUAGAAUAUCCGUGGUGAAAGUUUACUAUAAGAUCGAGAGGAGCCCCCUGGGCACUUACUCUUACUGAACCAGUUCCAGAAGCAUUUGAACUGCCUGCUUCUGAUUGGCAAGGGAAAAAAAAUUCUGGCCAAUCAGCGAAGGGGAGCAGCCGGUGACUGGUGUUUUCUUACAUGACAUAGGUUUCCUCAUUGAUCACCAUUGUUGUGUAGUUCGUUUAACUGGGGAAGUUUCUGGAGGAAAGUUCCAGAAAAAAACUGUUAACAAAGACGGAAAAGUUUGCAAAGGUGGUGGUGCCGGAAAUGUCUGCAAAGGUGUGGAAAGUGGAAGUCAUGCAUCACGUAUCAGCAAUAAAAAUUUAAGAUACCUUCGACAGAUCCACUUAAAAAUUCAUCGGAGAUUGUUGUUUCUUGUAGCCAUUCUAAAGCUUGCAUUUUUUCCGGCUUCUUAAACAUUUUGUUGUGAAGCUAAUUCCUCAAUAAACUUUCCCCUUUGAGCACCGUGCACAACUAUGGCGAUCCAUGAGGAAACCUACAUCAUGUAAGAAAACACCAGAGAAACAAAAUGAACUAUGAGGUAUAUAUAUUCACUUGGACAGUUUGAAAGGCUUCAGACAAAAACAAAACUUGAAUUUUAAUUUGCUUUGUUAGUUUUAAGAACGAGAAUUGAGAAAUGUACAGCUGAUUCAUGUUAUACUGUCAUGCCAUAUUUUGGGGGGCAGAGGGAUUGAGGGAGGGGUGCUAAUCUGUUCCUACUUAGAGUGGCUAACUUGUUUAUUUUUGUUGUUAAUGGUGGAAUUUAAAAGUUACUAUACGGCCCGACAAAAAGUGGUACUCAUUUUUCUUGUUACGAAAGUCUUCCAAAAGGUUACAGUGUUCAAAUGAAUUUAUGUUUCAUUCGCACAUGAGAUUCCAUGUCACGCAAUGGUCAGGGACAAGGUUUUAUGGUAGCCUGAUUGUGUGCAACCGCAACCGCCCCCUCCCCUUAAAAAAGGUCACUCCUUGGCAGCCCAGUGAAAAUCACCUUUUGGCAUUAUUCUAGUUUUAUUUGAAAUUCGUCUCCCAGCAAACCCUCCCAGCAAAUCCUAAUGAGCCAAAAGGCCUCUGGAGAUAACACCCUCCUCGAUCUGCUUAAUUCUUCAUAUCCCACGAAAGCCAAAUUCAUUAAUUGCUUUAUUAUUCAUUCAAAAUAAUUUCUAGUGUCAAAAAAUAGCUAAAACAUGCUUACCUGCAUCCAUGUUAAGUUCAUCUUCGAUAGUGUACGUUUAGGUUUGUCCAGCUCCGCAAAUUAAUAUUCUCCAAAUAGCAGAUGUCACCCUCCGAGUUGUCUUCUUGCUGUUUUUGCCACGUUUUUAGCUAUUUUUUCGUCUAGUUCCAGCUGUAUAAGUUCUUACUCUUGAAAUGAGUGAAAUGUCAGCCUUUUUUUUUCACAACCAAAACAACUCAACCUCAUCCCAAGGUCUUCUCAGUUAACGGUGCUUUAACCUGUAGCGGACUGCAUUUUUGACAUCAUUUCCUAGUUAGACACAAAAUUCUUCCAAAUUUGGUUAUCAGUAACUGGUUAUGGUGAAUUAUGUGUGUGGCUUUAGCCAAUCAGAAUUGGGAAAAUAUUUUGAGUGAAUAAUAAGUGGUUUUAAAGGCUACCCUAGCCAAUCACUCACUUUUAAAUAAACUUUAAAUAAACUUUCUAGCAGAUUAAAAUCACUCCACGUCUAUGCUGCCUAGUCAGAAAAAAAGGAAAUUCACUUUUUGUCUUGCUUCAUUGUUUUGUUUUUUAGCAUGAAGGAACAUCUCUGUUUAACUUUGUCUCUGGAUACCCAUCUUGGCGUGAAUACUUACAAAGCAUGGCGAAAGACGGUACUUGGGGUGAUCAUGUGGUUUUGUUUGCUGCAGCAAAUCACUUUCAAACUUCCAUCUGUAUUAUCAGCAGUCUCGACCGUGAGAUAGUUGUUCAGCCAGAUCAUGCACUUGCUGAUACCAACCCCCUUGUGUUGGGACACAUUCACGAGUUACACUAUGUCAGCCUUCAGCCCAGACAAGGUAAAACAUUC